AUGAGAAUACAACUCGUCGCAGCCCUUUGCGGUUUGAUUACUACCGUAACAUGUGCACUCAACCUUGACCUCAACUCACCUGUAUCUGUCAACAAUGCUGUGGCUUUGGUUGCCCAGGGAAUGCUCGAUUAUUACGACGGGUUCCGAUUCGGUGGCACAAUUGGAAUGUUUGUUCAACCGUACUAUUGGUGGCAUGCUGGAGCUGCGUGGAACGCCAUGAUCGAAUACUGGCACAUCACCGGUAAUUCAUCUCUUAACGAUAUCACUUACGAGGCUCUUUUACACCAGCGAGGAGAACGGUUCGAUCUCAUGGUGUUCAACUUCUCCUCCUCGGAAGGUAACGAUGACCAAGGCGUCUGGGGAAUGACCAUGAUGACUGCCGCCGAACGUAACUUCACGGCCCCCACAGACGAGUAUGGCUGGUUGUACGUUGCUCAGGGCGCCUUCAACACCAUGGCUUCCAGAUGGGACGACAUCUGUGGAGGAGGUCUUCAUUGGCAGAUUUACCAGUGGAACUCUGGAUACUCUUACAAGAACGCCAUUGCAAGCGGAGCCCUGUUCAACAUUGGAGCCCGUUUAUAUCGAUACACAGGUAAUGAGACGUAUCUGGAGUGGUGUGACAAGAUCUGGAACUGGGCCGAGGCUGUGGAUCUCGUGACAAAACAAUACGAGGUGUACGAUGGUAUCGAGACAGGUUCCGGUAACGUGCCCAACUGUACCAACCGAACUCCGUACAUUUGGACCUACAACUCUGGAAUCUUCAUGCACGGAGCCGCUGCCUUGUACAACGGAACGCUCCUGAGAAAUGGAACAGGUUCGGAAAAGUGGGGGCAACGAGUCAGAGGUAUUUUCAACACUGCCGUCUCUCCUCUGCACUUCUUUGGGGGUCCUGAAGGCAACAUUAUGCGUGAAAUCGCCUGUCAACAGGCUACAAUUACCUGUGAUGCCGAUCAGAGAACCUUCAAGGGCAUCUAUUCGAGUCUUCUCGGUCAGACUGCUCAGCUAGUGCCUGAUUUGGCCCCUGAGAUCAUGAAGUAUCUUGUUCCUAGUGCCAUGGCAGGAGCUAGAACCUGUUCUGGUGGACGAGAUGGCCACACCUGCUCUUUGGACUGGCUGACAGGCAAGUACGACGACCAAUACAUCGGUCUGGGAGAACAACUCUCAGUUCUGGGUGCUAUUCUCAACACCCAAAUCAUGAGCUCGGAAGGUCCACUGGCUGAUAUCACUGGAGGAGACUCCAAGGGUAACGGAUCGGCCGGCACUGUAUUUGAGUCUCCUUAUGCCAACACCAUUGCUGCGCCACUAACUAUUGGACCUGGUGACCGAGCCGGUGCGGGUAUCAUCACUGCUGUUGUGUGCAUCGUUCUCAUUGGUUCAGGAUGGUGGUUGCUCACUGACGGCAUGUACAAGGGGUUCAAGAUCAAGAGAAGAGACCCUUCAGAGUAG